GGAAACGGGCCAGAGCGCUGGUGGUAAUUGCGUGGAUGCUCAGUGUGCUCUUUGCGACGCCUACUAUUUUUCUUUUCGAAGAAAAACCCAUCGAGGACAUCCCCCAGUGCUGGAUAGACCUAAAGCAGUGGCAGUGGAAGGUCUACAUGACCUUGGUGGCUCUGGCGCUGUUCGUCGUCCCCGCGCUCAUCAUCAGCGCUUGCUACGCAGUUAUAGUUUGCACGAUCUGGUCCAAGAGCAAAUUGCUGAUCCCCGUGGGACACAUCCCGAUCCGGCAGAGUGAGGACCACAGAGACAGGCCACCCAGGAGUUACCACGAAGACCAUGACAGCCGUCGUGCCAGCUCGAGGGGAAUCAUUCCAAGAGCCAAAAUAAAGACUGUUAAGAUGACUUUUGUCAUUGUAUUUAUGUUCGUAGUCUGUUGGAGCCCUUACAUAGUAUUCGAUCUGUUGCAAGUCUAUGGUCACAUUCCAAAAACGCAGACGAACAUCGCCAUAGCAACCCUCAUACAGAGUUUAGCACCGCUAAAUUCAGCCGCUAAUCCCGUUAUAUACUGCCUUUUUUCCACGCACGUAUGCGGGAACCUGAGAUGCUGCUCAUUUCUAAAACAUUUAACCUUCGAUCCAUGCAGAAAAAUCCCGCCCUUCACCUGGAUCUCCAGCUGUCUGUCCGUGUGUUUUCCCGCCGUGGACGGCUCAACUUCCUGCUUCCUGUUCGGGUCUAGGGAGGCAGCGGGAACCGUCACCACCACUCUGACGCAGUCCUCCAGGAGGUCGGGUUCGGCCGCUUCCCUGAGGCACACCAUCAGGCUGCAACCGGCGCUGCACAAUAGCCAUAAGGUCGCCAUUUCCGUCGUCUAGUCAAUAUGUUUAGUGUACUUUUGUAUAUUUUGUAUUUGUAGCUGUGGAAAAGGAUGUGUAAGGAAAGUCGUUGGUGUCAUUGAAUUUCUGGGUUUACUGCUCGAAUAAAAUAUAAUG